AUGAUGCAACACCCUCCUCACCAUAAUAUACCCCAAACAACCCGUUUGGCACUCGCCAAAUUCUCGCACACCACCACCACCAUCGACCAUGUCGGACCACUUACCUGGAGCCAUAUCAAUGGCAAUGGGGACAUCAUCUGCAUAUUUGAGCAGUCCCCAGGAACUGUGUCAAGACCAGCAGAGCUGGUGCUGAGGGUGAUUCAAAACAGCGGCAUCGUGCACGAACAAAUUGAUCUCGCAAACUUUGUGCGGCUGCUCGGCCUGAACCAGAACACCCCAGCAUUGAAACCAUCCUUUGCCGUCGUGGUCAAGACGCCCUGUCUGGCAGUCAAGUAUCCCCAGACUAACACCCAUAUCCGCCGAUUCCAGAUCAAGUUCUCAUCGGAUCGCGACUACUACACGGCGCUGGCCCUCUUGAGCUCCAUUAACUGCCCACUAACCGAAGGUGGUCCUGCACAAACACCCCGAAGACCACCCUCGUCCUCAUCAUGGAACUCGGGAUAUGCCUCUUUUAUUGCGCCUGGAAGGGAUGCAAGCACACCACUCACCUCAAACAGUUCUACCCUCCCAUUCUAUCCCACGGCAGCCUGUGGACCUGGGAUGAUGAUGACACCUAGCCGACCAUCUUCCUCCUCGAGCACGAUUCAAUACCCUGUCCCUACUGUGACACCGAUUCCCCCAGAAACCCAUGCUCCGAGUGAGAGCUUCGAGGUAUUCGGUCCGAGACAACUACCGACUAUCCUACCAUCUAGUAUACAGCAUAGAGAGCCCGCAAGAGCCAGCGUGCGAACUUCAACAGCACCAGCCUAUCACGACAUCCACCAGCUUAACCAGAUGCUCCCACCGAAGAGAGACCUGCCAUUCUCGAAGCCACGCGGCAAGACAUCCCGGUCUGCUACUUCCAGCAAAGCUGCCGAACAACCACAGUCUCAAAAACAACCAAUCGCAACUGACCGACCCAUAAAGCCUCGUAAAAAGCAAGGAACCCAGCUUUCAAAGGAGCCCGAGGCUAUGAGCCGUUGCCACUCGAGUCUUUCUGAGUUGCAGUCGCAGUCUAUCACACAAAAGCAGCCAUACCCAGAGGAAGCUCCCGCCCAGAUUGCCUCACCAGCGCCCUCUACGACCCUGAAAAUUGGUCCAUGGACUGCUUCAACUACAAAUACAACCGAAACCGAACCACGGCCUCCAGAACCGGUAAUUGGAGAUGUAGCAGUGCCUAAUGUGCAGAGCCAUCCUCCUAUCCCCUCUACCAUCGCCCCUGAUCAUUUGCUCCAUCCCACUCCCGGUACAGGAGAAGACCCCCUAGCCCUGUAUCUGGACGCACCGACCCCAGAGCGAAUCGCAUCUCUCGAGAACUGGAUCUGUGAACUGAUCGAAGACGACAAGUUCAUGGCUCUGUGCCGGGACGUGGAGAUGACCUGGCGGCGAUUUGCGUUUGGGAAGAAGCCAUGA